AUGCCUGAAUGCACCACAGGGAGGGGUGACAUUAUCAACACACACAGGAGAGACUAAACACACACACACACACACUGAAAGAUGUCUGGGACCGCGACCGCAUCUGCGACCAUGCAAUCCGCUAAAAUGAAAAAGGACGAGUCUUUCCUCGGGAAAUUAGGAGGAACCCUGGCGCGGAAAAAGAAGUCUAAAGAAGUGAGUGAUCUCCAUGAGGAGGGGAAGAAUGCCAUCAACGCUCCCAUGCUUCCCACGGGGACAGACAUCCACCCAGAAGACACACUGAUGGAGGAAAACGCUGAGAGGAUCAUGCUGGACCCAACAUCACGGGAAAAUCUUAAAUUUAAAGAUCUUCUGAAGGUCCUGAUUGACUGGAUCAACAGUGAGUUGGAAGAAGAGAGGAUCAUAGUCAAAGACCUGGAGGAAGACUGUUAUGAUGGACAAGUGCUCCAGAAGCUUUUUGAAAAGUUGUCUGGCAGGAAGCUGAACGUGGCCGAGGUGACACAGUCAGAGAUCGGCCAGAAGCAGAAGCUUCAGACGGUUUUGGAGGCCGUCAACGAACUGCUGAGGCCUCACGGCUGGACCAUUGAAUGGAGUGUGGACUCUAUCCAUUCAAAGAACCUGGUGGCUAUUGUCUAUCUGCUGGUGGCUCUCGCGAUGCACUUCCAGGCCCCCAUCAGGCUGCCUGAGCAUGUUUCUGUGCAGGUGGUGGUAGUCAAGAAACGAGAGGGCAUCCUGCAGACUGCUCUUGUAACCAAGGAGCUGACGAGCACCACAGAAAUGAUGUUGGGAAGGUUUGAGAGGGAUGCAUUUGACACUUUGUUGGAUCAUGCACCUGACAAGCUCAACGUAGUAAAAACGUCUCUCAUCACCUUCGUGAACAAACACCUGAACAAGCUGAACCUGGAAGUUACUGAGCUGGAAACUCAGUUUGCAGAUGGAGUGUACCUGGUAUUGCUGAUGGGACUGCUAGAAGACUACUUUGUCCCUCUGUACAACUUCUUCCUCACCCCUGAGAGCUUUGAACAGAAGGUCCACAAUGUGGCGUUUGCCUUUGAGCUGAUGCAGGACGGAGGCCUGAAGAAACCCAAAGCCAGACCAGAAGAUGUCGUCAACCUGAACCUCAAGUCCACCCUCAGAGUCCUCUACAACUUAUUCACCAACUACAAAAACUCUGAGUGAACUUUUCCAGUUUCUGAUAUUCCCCUGAUAUUACUUUGAACACUGCCCUGUGCCUGCCUUAAUAUUAUGCAUUACAGUCUGGACACUGGAGGAGACCAACUGGGACUGAAAGUCAUCAUUAUGUGGGACUUAACAAGACAAAUGGGGAGUAGCUUGAAAAAGGCUCUGAAUGUUAGUAUUUAAUCUUCCCCAAAUGUCAGUAUUUAUUUAUUCCUUCCUCCAAUGUUUCUGCAACCCAGGAAACCCUGCAACCUUUAGCCUGCAUUUGAAUACAGAGUUGUCACUGGAAAAAUGAAUGAGGGCAGAUUGUUAAAACUGGAAAACAUUUGUGUGUUGAACUCAACUCUUCUCCAUAUAAUUUUAAGAAAGUUUUAUUUAAGAAAGUUGAAAGUGCUGUUAUACAUCAUAGGUUAUCAUAUCUAAAAAUGCUUUGUGUAAAUAUUAAAAGAAUAGUUCAACAUUUUGGGAAAUACACGUAUUUGCUGGGUUCCAUGAGAAGAUCGAUAACCCCUCUAAUGUUUGUAUGCCAAAUAUCAAGCUAACAUUAGAGCUAGCAGCCAUUAGCUUAGCUUAUUAUGAAGACAGGAGAAAACUAAUCUGGCUCUGUUCAAAAAAAUCUCGUUUAUUUAAUCUGUUUUUAAAAAAAGUGUAAAAACAGAAGUAGUUAAUUCUUGUUAAUUUGAAUUGGUUAGAAAAUAAAUGAAUUAUUAUUUACUGUUCAUAGCAUUACAGUUUAAAACAUUUAGAUAUAGAUUUUUAAUGUAGCUUAAUGCAUGAAUUUCACUAGUCAAACGCUGUUACUGCUACUCUAACUUUAGCAACAGUUUAGCUGCUUUCCAGCUCCUUCAUGACCGGAUUAAGAUUCCUGCUUCCUUUAGCUAUGUGGAAAAUAAACACACUUACCAAGAUGUCAGUUAAUCUAAAUAACUAAAUACAGAUAACAGCUAGGGCAAAAAAAAACUGAGUAAACUUAGUUUUGGCUUUAGCUAAGGCUAGCUGUGGCUGGGGUUGCCAACUGUCCUGUGAAAUACAGAAUCGUCCGUAAAAGACAUUUACGGGCUUUGCUCCGUAUUUCUGAGAAUCAGUUCAGUGCAAAUCUAUGGGAGAGAAAUAUUACAGGUUAGAUUACUAAAACAUUGAACCUAUCGUGACGUCCCCCAUUGGUUUAUGAAGUCCGGUUUUGAAGCCUACAUUUUUGGCCAUGACAGUUUGUUGGAGCCAGCGGAGGUGACGUACUGCGAGUUGAGCUCCUCUCACUGGCUGCGCAGUUUCAAGUUUCGUCCAUAGCAGGAAACAAUGGUGGCUCGUCUGCUCACACACAAUUUCGCAUUACAGAUAAACGGUACACUAAAAUUUGUUUCUGAGAUGAUUUUAGGUGAGAAAUAGGCAACAUAGUAACAGAAUCUUGAUUCAUAUUUGACCAGCGAUGCUUAGCUUGACAGUUCGAUUCGAGUUUGAUGCUUUGCACUGGGCAGACUCACUGAAAAUACCUGUCAAUCACAAGAUAGCCACGCCCAAAAGCAUACUUUGGCUUUAUUGUCUAUUUUACUCUAAAUGGGACCAUAAUUUACUAAAUGAACAUCAUGCCGUAUGAAAGAAAACUUAAAACUAGCGUUACUGAGCUAACAAAUCAAGUAAGAAGUCGGUUCAUUUCUCCAUAAGAGUGCAUGGUAUCGUUCCUUUAAUGCAGCCAAUUGAGCUGUCCCCUGCUGGCCUUUACAUAGAAUGCAGGUUUAAGACACAUCCGCAUUGGCUUCGCUUCCCAGACCCGGAAGCUCUGUCCAUUAUACUGUAUAUACUGUUGAUAGUCUUAACUCAGUUUGGAUAGCCAAACUGUUUCCCCUUUGUUUUCAUCUUUAAGCAAUAAGCUAAGCUAACCUGCGGCUGGCUGUAGCUUCAUAUUUAAUGGACAGAUAGUCUUAUCUAACUCUUGAUAAGAAAGCGAAUAAGCAUAUUUCCCAAAAUGUUUAGCUAUUCCUUUAAGAAACUUGAAAAUGCUAUCUAUUAUAUAUUAUAUAAUAUCUGAAAAUGCUUUGCAUAUUGUUACUAUAGCUAUAUAUUUACACUUUAUACAUAUGCUAUGAUAUUGCUUUUAUUCAGCAGCUGAAGGAACUGUGAACAGUUCUUGUUUACUCUGAACUAUACAAACAACAUUUCAAGCCAUAUGUAAUAGCUGAUGCUGUUGCCUUCUGCCUUAAGUGCAGUACGUGCUCUCGCCAUCCCAGGAGAGCCCCAGUCAGAGUAUUUUCAUAUUGACUGGCCUUUCAGACGAGUCUCAGAGGAAGACUGGACCUCUCACGGCUCUUCUGAAGCAGAGCUGGCCCUGCGGUGUCACCUGGAGGCCUGCUAAGAUGUACAGUACACCACUACUCAUCUAUUUUAGAGCCUGGCUGAAUUAUUGAGAGUGGACGAGUCAAUCUAAACAGUGCUCGCACUGGAUGGCUCACCCCUGUGUUUUUUAUUUUAUUUUGCCAAUCAAGAAAUAAAUGCUUGGAAUCAAAGAGAA